ACUGACCGUUUGUACGCGUAAUACUUCUACAACUUUCUACAACUUUCUACAACGUGCGUUUGAUAUGACUACUGACCGCUGUACGCGUAAUACUUCUACAACUUUCUACAACUUUCUACAACGUGCGUUUGAUAUGACUACUGACCGCUGUACGCGUAAUACUUCUACAACUUUCUACAACUUUCUACAAGGUGCUUUUGAUAUGACUACUGACCGCUAUGAGGUUACUUUUGAUACUAAUAUUAUAGGAGGAAAUACCCCUAUACGCGAUUAUGUCGCCGACUUAUCAAGCUUAGAAAGCGCGGAAAUGACUAGUGAUAUUACAAACGAAAUUAAUAGUCCCGAGUAUGAUAAGCCACAUACUCCACCUCAUCAAAUUCGCUCUACAUCUGAAAACCAAGAUUUAAUUAAACUUAAUAUUUUGUAUCAUGAAAAUUCAUGUAUUAAAGGAAAUUGGCCUGAGGCAAUAAAUAGACUAGUCGUAUCAACUGAUGAAGCUAUUUUAGUGGAUAGGUUGAAAAUUAAACGUGAUUAUAAAUGGGAUCCUGUCAUUAAUAAUGCUACAAAUUAUAUUGACGAAUUAAUCAAUAAUAUUCAAGUGCAUCGUGGCGAAGAGAUGUCUUUGGCAUCAAUCGAGCGUAAGAACAUGACAAGAGAAGAUACGGAAAAAAAAAGAUCUGGACACAAGAUCGAUAUUUUAUUCCGUACUUCGAACGAGAUUUCCCGCCGUAGACGACAACGUACCGUCCACGAUUCUCCAGGUACUCCUUUAAUACCUUAUGGUCGCGUUGAUGGUUUUUACAACGAUACGGCCCACAUUAGGUGGACAUCAAGUAAUUUUUUACAUUCGGACAAUAAUUAUUCAAAUAGAUAGUUUUUUUUUAUGAUAGUAUUCUGUUCGUUAAAUUAUUCCCUUCCCUUGGCGGGUGAGUCCCGGAAGUGGUCUUGGAUCCCUUUCGUCUCUCGCUCUUCUUCAAAGGUCAGGUAUCAUCGUCUUCUUCGGAUCGCGAUUUGGUUGUUAGUGUUAGAAUUAUCUUAUUCCUUAAUUGUAUUAGAUAAAAAUUAUUCCCGGUUUAAUGUAUUUUUGUCCUUAUAAUUUGUACAACCCUGCGUCAUAAAAAUAAAAAUAAAAAAUAUUAUGUACGUGAAAU